AAUAGAGAAAAACUGUUAAAAACUUUUUGAUUAGUCAUUCAUUUCAACCGAUUCUUUUUAAUUGAUUUAAACAAACAAAAAACUUGUGAUUAAUAUUCACGACAAAACACUUGUGUCCAUCAAAUACUCUUUGAUUACUGAUUGUUGAUUUUGCUGAUUGAUUGACGACUGUUUGUGUGUCCCAUCAUAAUCACCACAUCGUUGCACAACAUGUCUACCACUAGACGACAGUCAAUGUUAUUAUCGGUGGUGUCGGCAGUGGUAUUGUUAUCGCUAACAGUUUGUAUGGUAUCGACAACUGUCUCGGCCGAGGCGGUGGCAACAACUAAUGGCAGUCAACCACCACCACCACCACCACAACAACAGCAUCGGUCGCAUCGAUUGUUUCGUCGAUUUUCGUUGUUUUGUUCGGAUCUUCAAUCUUUGGUCGGCUGUUCAGCAAAGAAAUGGGAUGUCGAAGAUGGAUUUCCAUCGGCUGAAAAAUUUAACCAAAAUAAGUAUUGUUGCCAUAGUUUGGAGAUAUUUUGCCAGCAAAACAAACUGCACAAAGAAGGAAAGAGUUGUACGGCCCGUACAAAGGAAAGUCUUGACAAAGAUAUAAAAGUUUGUACCGACAAAGGCUUUAUCACCAAUGAAGCCAAUUGUAAGGGAUUGUCGCCCAAAGAUAUAACCAACGAUUUAGGCUGCAAGUCGUAUGUUGACUGUUAUAGUGACGAAGCGCCGCCACCCGAUGCCAAUGGUGGUGGUCUAGUGGUUGUAGUCAAUUCCACGACUUCGAGUGUCCGAUUAUCCCUAUGGAUGGCCAUCACCGUCAUUGUCAUCGUUGUUGUUGUUACGUCGGUAGUCAAACAGUAGGUGUGUUUAUAGUCUAAAGUCAAUGGACACACACCUAAUCAAUCACACCUACCGUACAUAUAAUUUUCUCACAAUUUAUUAUAUACAGUAAUUGAUUACAUAGUUUUU